ACGGUCGCCGCAGUCGCAGUGAGCUCAACCGACAAGACGCGACUGAGCUCCUUGCACAAAACUUGGGCUGGCUCACCAUUCAACCUGGUUGAACCACAACAUCAGCACUGGGAGCAAGACGUUUGAAUUUCGGAGCGAGACGAGGGAUCUGCCUCAAUUCCGGCACAAUGCGUUCCUUUUCACUUGUCGGCCUCCCCUCUUCGCUCCUGCUUCUUAUAGCAGCCCACGUCAAUGCAGAGCACCCGGCAGCCAUCCGCAAAAUGCCACCAAAUGCCGGCGAGAAGCUCCUACCCGACGACCUAUCCUUUUCUGACAAUGUCUUCAUCACCCCGCUCUCACCCCGCGAAGAACUUGUCGCCGCUCGCAUGGCCGACGACCCGCUCUUCUACAACGCAUCGCUCCCUUACCGCCCGCCCUUCGCUGAACACUUUGACAGUGCCAACCAUGGUUGGGGGCAGCUACGACGUGCCGCCGAGGUUCUUCAUAUUCUCGAAACCAGACAGUCAUGCCCUACAAGUAUGAACAGCUGCGAGGAUAUCGGCUCGCCGAAUAAGUGCUGCAUGAGCAAUGAAGUGUGUGUGAAGGUCCAGGAUGAACGAGUUGGGAACGUCGCCUGUUGUCCGAGCGGUGCUUCCUGUGGCGGAGCGGUGGGCGUAUGCCCCAGCGGCACAACUAGCUGCGAUGCUAAGCUCAGCGGUGGAUGUUGCAUCCCGGGUUACGUCUGUCAAGGUGUCGGCUGUGUGCCCAGCCCUCCCCCAGCGCCGAGCACUUGGCCCACUCAAACGGCCUCAAAUGGAGGUGGUGGAGGUGGAAGCGGAGGCGGCGGCGGCGGCGGCGGUGGUGGUGGUGGAUCAGGCAGCGGCGGUGGUGGUGGAUCAGGCGGCGGUGGUGGUGGUGGAUCAGGCGGCGGUGGUGGUGGUGGAUCAGGCGGCACGACAGUCCGGGAGACCGUCACCACCACCACAGUCUCUACGACGACGCUCGCAGACGGCAGAACCACCACUGUUCACGUCACGAUCAUCAUCACAGUCAACCCCGGCACCACCCCCACCACCAUCGAAAACCCGACGACGAUUCCUGGCCUUCCGACGACUUCGGGUGCCUCCGACGCUGUGCCCCCUUUCCGACCAACGUCGAUCGACCCAGGCGAGGGUGGCGGCCCGCCCGUGACAUCGGCUUACUGUCCGACUGGCUUCUACGCCUGCCUCGCCCGCGCCGGCGGAGGUUGCUGUCAGACUGGCCGCGACUGCGCCACUACCUCGUGCCCGCCUACUCCCUCGGUUACCAUCAUCAGCAAUGGCGUUACUGUUGUCCUACCAGCCACCGACGUUCCGGAGCCGCAUGCGACGGAGACCUGCGCCGGCGGCUGGUUUCUGUGUGGCGAGGAGGGCGGCCCCGUCCCCGGCUGUUGUCCGAGCGGGUACGAAUGCGGUAUCGCGAGCUGCACUAGCAUUUCAUCCAGUCAGACGGGCGAGAUCCAGAAGCAUUUUCCAAACGCAGGAUCUAAGGCCGCGGCCUCUCUGGCCCUAUUGAUCGUUUCAUUCAUGUUUGCGUUGCGUUGAAUUUCAUCAUUAUGCAUUGGGCGGCGUUCAUGGCUAGACUUCGGAAGCAUUAGGGAAAUAGACUGAGGAACAGAACCAGGACAUAUGAAAGAAGGUGUUGGACACAAGGCCUGCGUGUUCAGUUGGUUCUGAUAGAUGCAUGAUC